CGCGCCACGAACCCUGGCACGACUCUCCAAGACAUGCGGUUUCUCAAUGGUAUGGCCAGCGCCUCAUGGAUUCGCACGGGCUUAUGGAGGGUGAAAGUGAGAGUUUGGACAUCUCAAGCCUGAAAUAUGCAGUUCUUCAGCCAAGGCAGUUCGAUUCAGAAGAGAGCCAAUUCCUCCAACACCGACAGCCAGAUGUGACCGCGGCUACAUAUGCGAAGUUCUCACAGAGCCAACCUGCUACGCGGGUCGCAGCCUCAAGUUUACCGGAUACCGUCCCCGGUCUCGCCGGCACCGUCCCCGAUUCUCAACAACUAUUACCCUUCGAUGUCGGCCCUGAAGAUCGACUUGGUUCCCUCCCACCUGCGGUAGCGCUAAGCAAGGCCGUGUCAGCGAUACAGAAGAUGAACAGUCAAGGCAGCGAUGCCGCGACACAAGAAUUGUCGCCGUCACAUUUCGAGUCCAUUCUCAACACCCGAAGUCGAAGUGUGGUGCAAUACCAUGGCCCAACGCAGGAUGGGGACGAAGAGGAAGAGGGAAACGGUGAAACGCAGAUGACGCUGCAUGAAGGCGAUGAAGGGCAUAUCGACAUUGUAUCCAGUCUUGUUUCGCCGCUCGCGAGGGGCCAGGCCAAAGAUUUGGAUUCGGAUCCCGUGGACUUUUCGCCGUCGCAGAGCCAACGGGCCCUCUCUCAAUUCCCCGAGUCACAGCGGUUCAAGACGCCUGCCACGGCUGGAAAGAAGAGGAGACACAAUGGCGAAACUGUCGACAGUCCCGCAUUGCCUCGGAAUCCUCUGCUCUUGCGAGGCAGUGCUGAUGACAAUGAUGCAGCCGUGAUGGGAUUGAGCCAGGCAUUUGCAGCAACCCAAGCCAACACCUCGCCUUUCGUCGGCAACGGCGCCCUUCCAGAACUUCCGUCUGACCGUCCUUCUCCUAAAAUUCAACUCCAGCCCCGACCUGUCACGGCUGCCAGCUCGUCGCCUAACAUGCGACCCAUUUCUACGCCGUUUCAGCGAGCCUCGACCGAACCUGCCGCACGCUAUGUUUCUAGCAAGGAGUCACAAGCCGAGCGAGGGGAGCGCCAGGCUAAAAUACGACAACAGGAGCUGGUGAUGAAUGGAGAAGAAUCUGACGACGGGUUUGAUGACGAGCCAAGCUCAAUGACCAGAUAUCGUCGAGAACGACAAAUCGAACAGCGGAUCCGUGCAACUUUCCAACGAUUGUCGUCUCCUCGACCGAGGUCUGCGCGUGGUGCGUCUGUGCCAAAGUCGUCACCUAUUAGGUCGCGAACGCAUCGGUCAUCGGAUGUGAAGUUGAGCAAGGCCAAGCGAACAGAAGUCGAUGGGGAUUCGAAUUCCAGUUCCCCUGCCCCUUCAAGCCCUGUCCGACCAGGCGGAGAGAGUGAAGAGGAAACCGAGCAAGAAGACGAUAGUCAAAUUGCCGUCAGGCGGUCAAGUCAAGUUCGUGGCAGUCUUCCAGACGAAGAUAAGGAGAAUUGUUCGCAAGGUGGCAGUCAGAUACCUGAGACUGCAGCACGGCUUCUCCGUGUCAUGACAGAGCUGCCUGCACAGGUUCAGGAUAGUCCUUUACUGCGACGCGAAAGAGGGCCGAACGUGACAGCAGACCGCUCUACAGUACCCCUUAGCUCUGGACUAUUUGCUGUUGCGGAUUCUCAACCAUCACAGCCUCAUGGACAGCAGCAUCUCCCAGCUACCCGGGCACCCAAGUCUACGGAUGGUGAAGGAGGAGUUGAGCGUGUCCCGCAGUCUCCGUCGGGGUCACCGCAGCCCACGGAAGUGCCGUCCAAGGACGGCUCUGAGCAACAGAGAACUGGUGGAAAGCCUACCGACUCUGCGAGUCACGACGUCGAUGAUGCAGAUGCCGGUACAGACCAAGCACCCUCAUCGCGUCAGCAACCGCGCAGUACCAUUCCUGAGACUAGCUCGAAUGAACAGGGCCAAACAUCUAGAUCCACUGGAAAGACGGGCGAAAAGGAGCAAUCUUCUGACAGCCGUGGCCAGUUUGAAACAGCUCAAUCUCGACUUCCUCCAUCCUCUGCAGGUACCGGUCAAGAGAAUGCAUUACAAUUGAGCAGCCCGCCCAUCGCCACUACUCCUCCUGGCUAUCGACGGAGACGUCUAGCCGAAAUUGCAGGCGAACCAUCCCCAUUGAAGUCUCAGGUGAGCUUCAAUGCCAGUGAUGCCCUCAAAAUCGACCAGAAUUUCCUGAGCCCCCUGCAGAAAUCCCCGAUGAUGGAUCUGACAGCUGUCGAGGUGAUACCGAUGCCUCCCUCGCCUUCUCGUGGUGUGGAUGUUGAUCAGAGUGCGAACGAACAACCACAGACAGCAGAGGAUAGACCAAAACCAUACGAAGAUGACAUCAACAAUACUCAUGCAAAUACCUCAGACUCUGAAGAUGAAGCGCCCCGGCCUGGCGGUCGAGUAGAAAAGCCAGUAUCAAGCUCUCUACGCCGAGAGAGAAAACCAUCGGCCAAAUUGGUGGCAACUUUGGAGUCUCACAGCAAGACGCCGCGCACGGUUUCCACAUCUAGACGCGCAACAUGGGACUUGGAUGCGUCUCCUCCUCAGACGUCUGUGCCGGUUGUCAAAAGCUCGAAGCUUAAGCGAAAAGCUGACCCUUGCGAAGACCCACAAUCUGCAACCAAACGUUCUCUAACCAAGCGACUCAAGUCGGUAAAAGACAAGCUCUCACCCAGAACUGCUGUGGUAAGCGAAACGCACCAUGAGCAACCCCAAACAUACCCCCAGGAGCGUCCAGUGUCGGCUGCGGCCGCAAGCGGCGAGCAAGGUCAUGAUCCUGCUCACCCAGUCGCGCCGCCUGCAGCCACGACAGAGUCGAUUGUCGCCCCAAACAUGGUAUUUGCAGCUUUCAACGGCAAGACCAUCGCAUACUACCCUGCUCUAUGCCUGGGUCCGGCCAAUGCAGAACAUACUCGCUUCCGGAUCCAAUGGGAAGGCUACGAUCCAGACGAGAUUGACGAACAUGGGAUUCGCGCCCUGGAUCUCCAAAUUGGCGACCAGGUCAAAGUCAAUAUGGAUGGGUUUCCGAAAGUGUCGUAUGUGGUUCGCGGGUUCAAGGACAAAGUGUCGGAGGUUGACGACCAGGCUCCGCCGGAGAUGACAAUCACAGACAGACAGGGACACAAGACUCUGCUUGUGGCGCCGAAGCAGCGCAAAAGCCUUCCGACAAACAUGUCUACGGACGCCGUCAAGGAAGUGCCUGUCUCGGCGAUCUAUCUCGCCAGCAACAUGUGGGGACAGAUGCGAGACCGAGUGUACAAAUACAAAGAUUCUGCGGAAGUUGUAGGAGUAGGACCGACAUUAUCGUCAUCUGCCAUAUCAACACCCAGAGAACGACGAUCUUCGACUCCGACCACACCGUCGUCACGGAACCGUCGCAAUGUGGCCGUGGUGAUCCCGUCAAUGCCCACCGGUACAUCCGGUCUAGGAGGGGCAGCAGCACCACCACAGCAGCCGCUUGUUGGUGUCCAACGCGACGGAAUAUUUGCCAACAUGGCCUUUGCCAUUUCUUAUGAGGAUCAAGCCCGCAAAUCGUCACUCGUCGACCUCAUCCAAGCCAACGGCGGGGUGAUUUUGGAUCAAUCGUUUUUGGAUCUCUUAGAGCCAGAUUCAAUUGACCUCAAACCUCAGUUUGCCGACUUGUCGUUUACCGCACUGCUGACGGAGCGCCACUCCCGAAAGGAGAAGUACAUGCAGGCCCUGGCGCUGGGCUUGCCUUGUCUCAGCGGGAAAUGGGUCGAGGCAUGUAUGCGCGCGAACCGCCCCAUGGAUUGGACAACGUACCUUUUGCCAGCCGGUGAAAGUGCCGAACUUGAUGGAGCAGUGAAAUCGAGAAUUUUGAAUGCUGCUGUUGCUGCUACAGUCAACAACAACAACAAUGCCGCGAAUGACGACGUUGCAACGACCACAGUCAAAGUUAAAGAUAUGAUCUUGGCUCGACCCAACAUCCUAGCCGGCUCACGAGUUAUUGUUGUGAUGGGCACUGGCAGUGGCAAUGGCAACGGCAACAACAGUGCAGCCCUCAGAGGGAAAAAGAGCGCCAAGGGUAAUGGUGGCAGAUUUACGAAAGCAAACGUAAAAGGCAAAAAAGCAGCCGAAGCCCGAACGGCCCAAGCUCGACGCAAACCGUAUCUCUUCCUCAUUCGAGCGCUGGGCGCAGCUACGAUUCAAACCGAGCCGGAUCUGGUUUCUGCAAAGACAAGACUUGUUGAGGAGCAGGGCUCGACGUCAAAGGCGAAGACGAAUGCGAAUGCGAAACCCACUGACAAUUCGAAGAUUCAAUCCAGAUCAUCUCGCACAUACACAGCAGCAGCGGGGAAGAAUGAUGCCAACGACCACGACGGCGACGGUGUUACUGCUGGUGGAGAUGGUGACAAGGAUGGUCAGGUAGGCUUCGACGCGACAAAGACGACAACUACUAGUACUACUACAGCUGCUGCUGCCACUACUGCCCCUGGUGUUACCAAUACCUGGGUCUUUGUCGACGAUGCAGACGUCACUGCCGCCAGGACUAUGUUCGCAGGCCUUGGACAUGAUGGCAAUGGCAAUGUCAAGGUCUUGUGUAAUGAGGAUCUCGUGCAGACGUUGAUCCUGGGGAAAUUGUGGAUAGGAUAGGAUAGGAUAGCCUGGAUCCGAUGGGGUGGGCGAGAUGAAUUAAUUGUUCUCUGUUGGUCUACUUUAGCUGACUCUUGAGUACGCAUCCACCAUUCCAAUACCGUCCCAUCAUGGACUCGAUGCAAGCUGUACUGUACAUUAGGAUAUCAACCAGUACCGUUUUCAGACCAGUGUUUCACUAAACUCUCCUAGUCAAUGGGACCAGAAGUCGUACAAAACCGGCACUGCAAGCUGCUUCUUCAUCCAG